UGCUGGCUGCUCACGGGGGACCCGCCUCCCCUCAGUCCCGGAAAGCCAAUGAGGAUUCCCAAAUGUCUCUGAGAACUCUUGGCUGGCCCGGCUUUGGUCAGACGGAGCUCUGCAGGGGUGAGGGGAACCUCGCUCUCGCGGGACAGAAGGAGCUGGGCGUUCCGUGGGCAGCGAGUUCAAAUCGAGUUCGGACACUGCCCAAGCUGUGGAAGCGAGGCAAGGCCAAACCCUGUCUGCCUCAGUUUCUUCAGCUGUACAAGCCCUUUCCUCACAGGGUUGCGAGGCUCGAAUAAGAGGUUUAGAAAUAGAGGAUAUUUGCCAAGCGCUUAGCCUGAUACCCGGAACGUAGGGGCAAGCCCAGGCCAAUGGGGCAGAAGGGAUGGCCAGGCAAUGCCCGUUAAAGUCGGUGAAUGGAGCGUGCAGAGCUCAGCCCGAGCCCAGAGUGGCCCUUUCUAGCCCCUCCCCGCCCCACGUGAAGCCCAUUGGGGUGGGGGCACGGCCGAGGAGGGGAGCAGGUGGGGUCCAGCCCAGUGUUCCAGGUGACUCUCCGCGGCCCGACUACACUUCCCAGAAUCCCCGCGCACACCCACGCGUGUCACUCCCCUAGCUAUUGUCUUUGGUCGGGACCCCUGCGAAGCGAGACGCUUUCUGGGAGUCGUAGUUCGGUGGCUCCCCGUGCGCAGACGCAGUUGCUCGUGGAGCCGGCAGGUCGGCUCUUUGUUGGUGGGCCCGGGUUGGCCACGCACAGCGCCACCUUGUCAUCCUCCACCCUUUACAGAAUCGAGAAGGGAAAGCAGCCUGAGGAGGUGGCAGCAGUGGGGAUGAUCUCCGGCUUCCUGCCUUCCCACCCUGGGGAGUCAGUGACAUUCAAGGAUGUGGCUGUGGACUUCACCCAGGAGGAAUGGAGGCAGCUGGAUCCUGCUCAGAGGGCUCUCUACAGGGAGGUGAUGCUGGAGAACUAUGAGAACCUGGUCUCCCUGGGGCUUCCAGUGUCCAAACCAGAGGUGAUCUGCCAGUUGGAGAGAGGUCAGGUCCCCUGGACUCGAGAGGGAGCAGCCCCAAGAGGCAUUUGUCCUGAUUCCCUUAGUUGUUAUGCUAAGUGUGAAGUCCAGGGAUCACCUUUAACACGCGGCAUUCCCAUGGGAGCUUCAUCACAACAAAGACCCCCAAAAGAUGGUUCUGGGUAUUCCCCGAGAGAAAGAUCUGGAGAGCGGAAUGUCAGAUUACAGAGACACAAAGCCAGACAGGAGAAACAGUUCAGACAAGUGACAGUCACUCACCGAAAAGCUUUUAGUAAGGCGAGUGUUCCCGAAUGUAAUGCAUUGGGAAGAAGUUUCAGUGUGGGAUCCCUCUUUGGUUUACAGCCCAAAGAUCCCACAGGAAAAAGCCUUCAUAAACAGGACGCCCUGGGAAAGACCAUAAAGCCCUUUUCAGAGCUCGUGAAACGGAACAGGAUCUCCUUAGGGAGUAAACUUUACAAGUAUAAUAAAUGCAGGAAGCCCUUCACUUACCAUUCAGACCUCAUUCAGUUUCGGAGGCUCCAUCCUGGAGAAAAACUGUAUGAAUGUAACGAAUGUGGGAAAACCUUCAGCAGAAGGUCAUAUCUGACUCAGCACCAGAGCAUCCAUACUGGAGAGAAGCCCCACAAGUGCAGCGCAUGUGGGAAAGCCUUCAGUCGCUGGGGAAGUCUCACAGAACACCAGAGGAUCCACACCGGAGAGAAGCCCUAUCAGUGUAAUGAGUGUGGGAAAGCCUUCAGCCAGAGGGGGCACCUGAUUAAACAUCAGAGGAUUCACACUGGGGAGAAACCUUUUCAAUGUAAUGAAUGUGGCAAAGCCUUUACCCAGAGAGGGCAUCUUAUUGACCAUCAGAGAACUCACACUGGAGAGAAGCCCUAUCAGUGUGGUGAAUGUGGAAAAGCCUUCAGCACAUGUUCUUCCUUUAUCAAGCACAAGAGAAUUCACAUUGUAGACAUGCCCCUCGCUCAGUGUGAGAAAGCUCUCAAUCAGUGGGGAAACUUUACAGAACAGCAAAGGAUUCUUACAGCAUCGAAGCCCUUUGAGUGUAAUGACUGUGGGAAAACAUUUAGUCAGAGGGGAAACCUUAAUAAACACAGGAGGAUUCACACUGGAGAGAAACCCUUUGCAUGUAACGAAUGUGGGAGAGCCUUCAGCCAGAGUGGACAUCUUACUGAGCAUAAGAGAAUUCACACUGGAGAAAAACCCUAUCAGUGUAAUGAAUGUGGGAAAGCCUUUCGGCAAAACUCAAACCUUACUCUCCAUCAGAGAAUUCACACGGGAGAAAAACCCUUCAGAUGUAAUGAAUGUGGGAAAAUGUUUAGCCAUCGGACCUCGCUUAUUUAUCAUCAGAGGAUCCAUUCUGGAGAGAAACCCUACGAAUGUAAUGAAUGUGGGAAGGCAUUCAACCAGAGAGGAAAACUAACGGAACAUCAGAGGAUUCAUACUGGAGAGAAACCUUUUGAAUGUAAGGAAUGUGGGAAGGCCUUUAGCCACAGAGGGAACUUUACAGAACACAAAAGAAUUCACACUGGGGAGAAACCAUUUGUGUGUAAUGAAUGUGGGAAAGCCUUCAGCCACUGGUCAUCUUCAAUUUAUCAUCAGAGAAUUCACAAUGGAGACAAACAACAUAAAGGAACCAAACAUGGAAAAGUCUUCAAUCAGAGGGGACAUCCUAUUACACAGCAAAAAAUUCACAAUGGGGAGAAACUCCUCACAUUUAAUUAAUCUUCCAAUAGUGGCUGAAAGGAUCCUUUAAAAGGAUCACACCCUUCAUGCUAAAUUGCAAUAACUUUGGAGAUACAUUUGGGGCAAGUUCAUCUCCCCAGAGAGACUUUGGGCUGGAGAAUCCCUUGAGGACUCUAAUGAUGUGGGGAAGGAAUCAUAAAGACUUGCCAUUUGUGAUGUAAUAGAGCCAAAAUUGCAACAUUACUGCCCCUACUGGGAUGGCCCACUGCCCUCAUUGGGGGGAGGCCCAUCGCCUAACUCGGUUCAGCAUGGAAGGCUGAUGCAGUAUCUGAAUUGGCCCUUAACCUGUGAGAUUAAAAAAUCAUUUACUAUUCCUUUUUGUUCCAAACGUGGCGAUCGUUAACAAAACAUACACAGCUAUGACAAAAAGUGCUCAAAGGUUAAAUCACAAAUUCCAGUAUUCAAAGCAUUUAACCAGUUUGUAUCAACUGUGACAAGAUGGCAACACUAACAUCCCAUUGACUUCCUGGUCCCCCUUUCAGAGUGCUUUUUCUUCUGGUUGCCUUUCUCUGUGAUGUUCUUAUUGCUGUCCCGUAAGUCUUUCUAGCCAGUGUCUGUAUUAGUCUUUUCAUUUUUCUUAUUCAAUGUGCAUCAUUUCACAGAAUAUUUCCCAUAGUUCAUUAAGAUCUCUACAUUUCCCUUUUCUUGAAAAUCAUUGCUAUUCCAUUAUACUCUUUUACACAGAUGUGUUUAACUAUUCCCUUAACCGUAAACACAUGGGUCGUUUCCAGUUUGGGGCUAGUGGGACAGGCCCCCUUUCAAGGUUUUUGUAAAAUCUGCUUUUCUCCUUUUCAGUUAUGUCCUUGGGAUCUCAUCCGAGGAGUGAGUCAAUGGGUCAAGGAGUAUUGACAUUUCUGUUUCAUUCAGUACUGCUUUCCAGCAAGUUUGGACCAGUGUUCAUAUUCACUAUCCCUGUAAUUAUGUGCUUAUUGCUGAAUUGUGUCAUCUAAUUGAGCUAUCUUUUCCAACUUAAUGGGUCCAAGAUGGUCUUUUGAAGUUGUUUAACUUAUAUUUCUCCAAUUAUUAGAGUUGGAAUGACUUUUCCAUUGAAAUUAUUGUGAUUUUGCAAAAUAAUUAAUCUGUCAAUUUUCAAAGUAAAGGAAUAAAAGAUGGUUUAAAAA